AAUGACGAGCAUGAGAUGGGACUCGAUCAGGAAGACUUGAAGAAUCCAUUGACCUUAGCUACCAAGACAGCAGGCUUAGUGUCAGAGCGAAGAUGCGGUGCGAUCAAGCCUCCAGGUCGGCUGCUGUUACUUUUCGCGGCCACGAUGCGAACAUGACCCACCCGCCAGCACGGCGGGCCGACGGUAGCAGACAGGUUAGAGCGAUCCUCGCCACUGAUUAGACGCGCACCAUCAACUCACAGGGAAGCGGGCAACGGCGCGGCGCGAUGGGCGAUUACGAUUGGAUUCGGCGAAUCCCCGAGUGCCCCGUGUACUACCCAACAGAGGAGGAGUUCCGCGAUCCGCUCGCGUUCAUCGAGAAGAUUCGCCCCGAGGCGUCGCUGCACGGCAUCUGCAAGAUCGUGCCGCCCGUGCUGCCCGCCACCCCCGCGGGCCACGUGCUGCAGCGCGGGCAGAAGCCGCCCUUCCGCUUCACCACGCGCGAGCAGCCGCUGCGCAUGGCGUCAUGGCGCGACGGGGACGAGGCCACGUUCCGCAUGAGCGGCAGAACGUACUCGCUUCCAGAGUUCGAGCGCAAGGCCGAUCGCUUCCUGGCCACACGAUUCGCCACGUCAGCAGCGCUGCCAGCUGGCAUGGUGGAGCAGUUGUUCUGGCAGGAGAUGGAGGGGCGCGGCAGGGAGGGGGGCGUGCAGGCGGAGAGGGGGAAGGGCGGAGGGCGAGGGGGCGAGGGGGCUGGUGUUGGGGGGGGAGCGGGGCGGGGAGCGCGGGGGGUGGCGCACGUGGAGUACGGCAGCGACGUGGACGGGUCGGGCUUCAGCGCCGACCCCGCUGACCCGCUCGCCUCGUCCCCCUGGAACCUCAAGGUCCUCCCCCGCCUGCCUGCCUCCGUGCUGCGCCAGCUGGUCGUCGACAUUCCGGGCGUGACGGACCCCAUGCUGUACAUCGGCAUGCUCUUCAGCACCUUCGCCUGGCACGUCGAGGACCACUACCUCUACAGCAUCAACUACCACCACAUGGGCGCACCCAAGACGUGGUACGGUGUGCCGGGCUUUGCGGCGCACGCCUUUGAGGCCGUGGCCCGCCACCAUGUGUACGGCCAGGGGGGCGCGGCGGAGCACGCGGACCAAGCGCAGAGGGGCGCACUGACAGCAGGGGCAGCGGGCAAAGCGAUGGAGGAGGGCGAGAGGGGAGAGCAGGGGCGGAGUGGCGGGGGCGCGGUGGGGCGGGCGUGCGCGGUGCUGCUGGGCAAGACCACCAUGUUCUCGCCGUGCCUGCUGCUGGCGCACGGCGUGCCCGUGGUGCGCGCCGUGCAGGCCGCCGGGGAGUUCGUGGUCACGUACCCGCGCUCGUACCACGCAGGGUUCAGCCACGGCUUCAACUGCGGUGAGGCGGUCAACUUCGCGACCCCUGAUUGGUUCCCCUUCGCCGCUGCCGCCGCCCGUCGCUACGCCGUGCUGCGGCGUGCGCCGCUGCUGUGCUGCGAGGAGCUGCUGUGUGCGCAGGUGGUCGCCAUGCUGGGGGGGGCAGGGGGAGAGAGGGGAGGGCGAGGUGAGGCGGUUAAGAAACACGAGCAGGUGGACGAACACAGAAAGGCGCAUAGGAGGGAGGCGGGUGGCAAUGGGGCGAGGGCAGAGGAAACAGCGGGACGGAGGGAGGGAGAGGGCGGGCAGGGGGCAGGGAGAGGAGAGGGGGGAGAUACGGCUGCACGGCAUGCCGUGGCAGUUUACUCGCCGUGCAAAGAGAGCGGUCCAGGCCCUCCUGCUGACCCCACUGACCCCGUUGACCAUGUUGGCUCUCCUGCAGCUGUGGCAGCAGCACUGCGUGGUAACGGUGUGAGCAGCGUGGGGUGCAGCGAGGGGAUUGAAUGCAAGGAGGAGCGCGGGGAUGAAAAGCCCGUUGUACAUAGUAACCCAGCUGACCCGACUGACCUGACUGACCCGCUUGACCCUAUUGACCCCGCUGACUCGAUUGACCUCUUGCCCGCCACGCUGUGCGCCAUGGGGCGGGUGGGGCGGCGCACGCUGGAGGAGUUUGUGCGCGCGGUGAGCAGGGAGAGGGCCACACGCACGUGGAUGGAGGCGAGGGGGGCGCAGGUGGCGGUGCUGCCGGCGCUGUCAGCGGCGGUGCCGUGCUCGCUGUGCUGCCGCCUGUGCCACCUGGCUGUGGUGGUGUGCUGCUGCGUGCGCGACCCCAUCUGCCUGCACCAUGCUGCCAUCAACCGCGCAUGUCCCUGCGGUCCUCUGCGCGUCGUCUCGCUGCGGCGCCACACGCCCCGCCUUGAGCGCCUGGCACUGCGGGUCAAGGAUGCUCUUAACUGCUGGCACCAGGCCGAGGCCACCCAAGGCGCGCUCGCACCACAGCAGCAGCAGCAGCAGCUCCUGCCUCUUGAGUGGACCAGGGAGUUGGUUGGCAAUGCCGCGCAGUCGGCAUUGAAGUCACUUGCCUGCGCGCCCACACUCACUCUCACGCAUCAGCAGCAGCCCGCCAGAAAUGCUUUCCCGGACCAAGCACAGACUCGGGAAGAGGUCCGCACGGAAGUUGGGACGAAGGUUCGGAUGCUAGUGGCAAGUGACGUUCGGGGGGAAGCGGGGAAGCAAGUGGUGGCACAGGGGGCGAAGGGAGCAGGAGCUCGUUUUGAGGCGCCUGGGAACGGGCCGGGAGCAGCAGCAGUAGUGCUGGCAGCGCUGGCAGCAGCUGCACCAGAGGGGUGGGAUGAGGAGGUUGCUGAUAUCGAGUCACUCACCAACGAUCACGACCUGGAGGGGUAUGGAGAGGAGGCAGAUGGCGAGAAGUGCAUGGCAUGGCAUGUGAAGGGACGGGCAGCGAGGGCGGAUGGUGGAGGCAGUGGGGGGGAUGGGGAGGGAAGAGGCGGGGGAGGGAGGAGUGGGGAACGGGAGGAAGGGGGAGGAGGAGAAAGAGAGCUUGUUGUGGGAGGGGUGGGUGCAGUGGUUGAGAGCGGUGAGGAGGAGUGCAGAGAUGGGCGGCAUUGUGGUGGUGGCGGUGGGUGUGGAGGCAGCGAUGAUGAGGCGACGCCAAGCCAUGCUGUGGCACGUGCUCAUCCCACCGCCCUGUGUGGCCAAGCCGGCUGUGACGGUGGAAAGUGUGACAAGUACGGACUUGACUAUGCUGAAUCAGGUUGCGUUUCCUUAUUGGCACCCACGCAGACUGAGGCCAAGCAGGCACAGCAGCAGCUGGCGGCACUAGAGACGGAGAGCAGGAGGCAGUGUGAGCAUGCAGCAGAGGUGCUUAGAGCGGAGCAGCGGGUGCAUGCAGGGGAGGGGCAGACGGUACUGACGAGAGGCACGGCAAGAGCCGUGGCAGCAUGGCAAGUGACGGAGCGAUCGAUGCGAGUUGCAGGGGAAACACAGGUGCGUGCAGCGGAGCGUGUUCACACGGCAGCCGUGGUAUCAGAGCGUCGUGGGGCGGAGGACGAGAAAGAGCAUGCAGAGCACGACGACCUGGAGGCGCAUGGCGGGGGGGAGGUUGCGCGGGUGCACAGGCGCACUCCUGCAUGCGGUGCGCCGUGUGGCGCUGCACUCGGCUGGCCGCACUGCGGGCUGGAGGGCGCGCGCUCAGAGCUGCACCCCACCAGAGCGCACAGCUCGGCCACCGGCAGCCGUAUGACGGCGCUGGAUGUGCUUCUAGUGAAAAGGCAUGGGCCGUGCGCUCACGAGAGCGGCGGGGCAGCGAGCGCCUUCCCUGUGCGGGCCGUGGGCGCGUGGGAGGGGCGGUGUAUGGCAGGCGCACAGGCAGCACGAGGGAUUGGGGGAGAAGGAAGAGGAGCAGCGGAUGUGGGGGGGAAGAAGGGAGCGGAGGAGCAGGGUGGGGAGGAGGAAGGAGAGAUGCCGCGGCAGCAGGAGAGGAGGUGGGAAAAGGGCGAGGAGUGGGAGGGGGCGGAGCAGGUAGAGGAAGGCCCGCGGGAGCAGCAGGAGGGGGAGCAGCAGGAGGGGGAGGAGCGGGUGGUGGUAGAGGAGGCGGCACGUGGGAGGGAGGAGUGUGGGGAAGCUGGUGCGGUGUACGAGGGGAUGCUGUUCUGCGCCACGCAUGCACUGGGUCAUGUGCAGUGCUGUGAGGGCGAGCAGUGGGGCGAGGGAGAGCAGUGGGGCGAGGGACGGAUGGGUGGAAAGCAGAGGUGCAGGAGAGGAGUGGACGAGGAGGAGGGCGGCAGAGGUGUGGGAGAGGCGUGCCUCGGAAAGGGGUGUGGCCGGGAUGUGGCGACCGGGCAGGCUGAGGCAGAGGUGGGGGCUGUGGCGGGGGGGACGGCGGAGUUGAGAGAGAAUGGAGAUGAGAUGGUGACGUCAGCAAGAAGGCGACUGGAGAGAGAUCUGGAGAGGUGUGGGGAGGAGGGCGGGAUGAGGGGAGGGGCGGGAGGAGAAGGGAGUGGGGGGACCUGGGAGGAGGAGGCGAAGCGGGCGCAGGAAGGAGCGGAGAGUGAGAGUGGGCGAGGGGAGGGUGAAGCGGCAGCAGGAGCAGGCAGGGAGGGAAUAGAAGGUGCCCCUGGGGCAAGCGAGGGUGGGUGUGGUGGAGAUGGGGUGGGAGGCGCUGGCAGAUGCAGCGAGGCGAGCAGCGAGGGGGGGGGCGCGGCAGAUGAGAGUGCGAGUCAUGGUUGUGAGACCGAUGGCUGUGCUGCACGGCUUGUGCAUGCAGCAGCAGCAGUGAGAGCGGGAGCAGCAGUGAGAGCGGGAGCAGCAGGCAGCAUCAGCAAGACCUGUUACACAGGCACUGCGAAUCUGCAUGGAGAAGCUUUGAGACAGGCGACUCCUCAUGCUCAUGCUGAUGCUGAUGCUGAUGCUGGUGUUGAUGCUGGUGUUGUUGCUGUUGGUGGUGGUGCCGCUGACGCUGAUGCUGAUGCUUCUGUUGAUGCGGCUCCUGCUAACACUUAUGCUGAUGCUGCUCUUGGUGUUGCUGCUCAUACCGAUGCUUAUGCUUGCGCUGCUAGUGAUGCUGAUGGUGCUGUUGCUGCUGCCGAUGCUACUGAUGCUGAUGCUUAUGCUAAUGCUGCUGCCGCUGCUGGUGAUGCUGGUGCUGCUGAUGCUGAUGCUAAUGCCGAUGCCGCUCCCACUGCUGGUGAUGCUGAUGCGGAUGCUGCUGUUGAUAUCGAUACUGCUGCUGCCGAAGCUACUGACUCUGAUGAUGCUGCUGCUGCUAUAGCUGAUGCUGCUGAUGCUGAUGAUGAUGAUGAUGCUGCUGAUGCUGCAGCUGAUGGUGAUGCGGCUGAUGCUGGUGCCGCUGCGAGUGAUAUUUCCUAUGCUACUCAGGCAUCUGCUGGUACUGUGGAUGCUGCUGAUGCUCAUGCCGAUGCUGUUGUUGUUGCUGCUGCUGCUAUAGCUGAUGCUGCUGCCGCCGCUGCUGCUUCUGCUGCGGAUGCCUUUGCUGAUGCUAAUGGUGAUACCGGUAGCGUUUAUUCGGAUGGUGAUGCGGGUGCUGAGAAUGGCAGUGCCUAUGCGGAUGGGCCGUUGGGCAGCUUUGCAGCACCACAGGCACAGGCACAGCUAGGCUCAGCAGGAAAGGCGUCAGAAAGGGUUUCAAUGCAGCACGAGGGGCAGCAGCAGCAGCAGCAGCAGCGCAAGAGUGGGGCCAGUAGGCGGCGCAGGCGGAAGCUGUGGAUGGUGUGGGAUGGGGCGAGGAGGAGGAAGAAGGCGAGAGGGGCAGAUGGGGAAAGAGGGGCGGCCAGCGCUGCUGCUUCUGCUGCCUUGGCUGAUGGCCAUGCUGACCAUGCUCAUGCUCAUGCUCAUGCUCAUGCUCAUGCUCAUGCUGAUGCUGCUGAGUCGGAUGCUGAAUCUGUUCCCAGUGCCAGCAGGCAGCACAGCACGGGUAGUGAGUGCGCAUGGGUGUGGGAGAGCAAGGGGCGGAGGAGCAGGUGGGGAAGAGGAGAAGAAGAGCACUGGUUGAGGCGAGGGGAGCAGAGGAGGGUGGGCGUGGCAGCGAGGGCGGAGAAGAGGAAGGCGGAGGAGGAGACAAGGCUAGCGGUGGGCAUGGUGGCAGCAGCGGCUGCAGCAGACGCAGUGAGUCCGGCGAAGAGGAGGCGGUUAGUGGAGGUGACAGGCGCUGGCAGCACUGCGAGGGGUGGGAAAGAGGGGAAGGGCGGUGGUGAUGGGGAGAUGGAGACGAUGGGGAUGCGGGGCAUGGGCUCUCGAGAGCGGUCCACACAAGCAAGGGCAGUCGGUUCAGGGCCCGAGGGAGAAGAAAGCUCUGCGGUUCAUGACGCGCUGAAAGGUGAUGUCAGGAGAGGCCAGAGAGCGAGGGGAAUGGGGCGGGAUGGUUACAGUGCAGGGCGGGGAGACGUGGGAGAUGAGGCAGGUGAGGGCGCAUGGGAAGAGGGGCCGUGGGAGAAGGGCUUCUGGGUGAGGGUGGUGCGCCGAAGGAGGACGUGGCAAUACCGACUGUCCAGCCCCGAGGCUGAGGAUGGCAAAGCUAACGCUGAUCGAGCUGGAACGGGGUGAGGAGACCACUGACGGCAGGGAUCAUGCCGUAAAUACAGGUCCUCCCAACUUUCCAAUUUCAUUACCACGGAUUAGGUUAGCCUAGGAAUAGCUUAAAAGUGGUAGAUGUGCAUUAGUUGAGGUUUUCCGAUUUAUUUAUGCUGACAGGGUAUUGGGGCUGGCUACAUCGGAAGCAAGCAGGCGCAAAAGAGUCAUGAUUGGCUUUUAUCUCCGAGCCUCGUGGAGCCCGCAAGUCUGGACCACACGGUCGACCUCCCCCAACCAGACAUCUCCGCUGCGGGAACUUUGGCCCUCUGCCGGGUAGCGGGCGCGCUGUUGCCAUCGCGUGGAGCAGGUGACACAAUCGAGGGCCGCUUGAGCCUAGAACUGCCCCUCCUCUCCAGAGCGUGUCGCAAGGGUUCAGUUUGUUGCGGUUAGGUAAGGUUCGUUGCGUUUCGUCUAACAUCGAAAAUGGC